UGGGAGGUGAUCUCGGACGAGCAUGGCAUCGACCCUACUGGAACUUACCACGGUGAUUCUGACCUGCAGCUUGAAAGGAUCAAUGUCUACUAUAAUGAAGCUACUGGAGGCAAAUAUGUUCCACGAUGUGUAUUGGUCGAUCUAGAGCCAGGAACAAUGGACUCCGUUCGUUCUGGUCCUUUUGGACAGAUUUUCCGUCCAGACAACUUUGUCUUUGGACAAAGUGGUGCUGGAAAUAAUUGGGCAAAAGGCCAUUACACCGAGGGAGCAGAACUAAUUGACUCCGUCCUUGACGUGGUCAGAAAAGAGGCUGAAAGCUGCGACUGUGUUCAAGGAUUUCAGCUCACACACUCCCUAGGUGGCGGAACGGGUUCUGGCAUGGGUACACUUCUAAUUUCCAAGAUCCGUGAGGAGUACCCAGACAGGAUCAUGAACACCUUCAGUGUUGUGCCUUCACCAAAGGUGUCAGAUACCGUUGUUGAACCUUACAAUGCAACUCUGUCAGUCCAUCAGCUGGUAGAAAACACUGAUGAGACGUACUGCAUCGACAACGAGGCAUUGUACGAUAUCUGCUUUAGAACUCUGAAGCUUACCACCCCAACCUAUGGAGAUCUCAACCAUCUUGUAUCUGCCACCAUGAGCGGUGUAACAACUUGCCUGCGAUUCCCAGGACAGCUUAAUGCUGAUUUGAGGAAAUUGGCUGUCAACAUGGUACCAUUCCCACGUCUCCACUUCUUCAUGCCUGGCUUUGCUCCAUUGACCAGUCGUGGAUCCCAGCAAUACCGUGCUCUAACUGUACCUGAAUUGACACAACAGAUGUUUGAUGCCAAGAACAUGAUGGCUGCAUGUGAUCCACGUCAUGGCCGUUACCUGACGGUUGCUGCCAUGUUCCGAGGCCGCAUGUCCAUGAAGGAGGUUGAUGAACAGAUGUUGAAUGUGCAGAACAAGAAUAGCUCGUACUUUGUUGAAUGGAUCCCCAACAAUGUGAAGACUGCUGUAUGUGACAUCCCACCAAGAGGACUCAAGAUGUCAGCCACUUUUAUUGGUAACAGUACCGCCAUCCAAGAACUGUUCAAGAGAAUCAGCGAGCAGUUUACGGCUAUGUUCAGGAGAAAGGCUUUCCUUCAUUGGUAUACUGGCGAGGGUAUGGAUGAGAUGGAGUUCACUGAGGCUGAGUCCAACAUGAACGAUUUGGUGUCAGAAUACCAACAAUACCAAGAUGCAACAGCUGAAGAGGAAGGAGAGUUUGACGAGGAGGAGGAAGAAGUAGGCGAAGAGGCCUGAACAAAAUUUCACAACCUUUCCUUGUAUACAAUUUGGUUCCUAAAAGCUCAACCAGGUGUAGAAUCGAAGUUUGGAAAUUAGAAAGGCUUUUUUUGCUGGGAACUAUAUAACUGAAGAUAUAUUCUAACACGUGUAAAUAGCAUGUUGAAACUCAGAUGAUGCAUUAAGUCUAUUUUUAACAAAGUCGACCUUUCAUGUAUGAGGUUUCUAUUUCUAACAAUGUAAAUGAUGAAGUCAAUAAAUUCAGUCGUAAAUUAAG